CAAACUCAACCUACGUCCUUCCUCCCUGUCUCCUCCUUCCUCUCACCUCCCAUUGGUUCACAUUCUACUGUUUUACUUCAAAGUUACUGCAAUGAGAUCUCAUCGAUCAAGAGCUCAUUCUCAUUAUAUUACACUGAAAGCCUUUCUCCCUUUCUGAGUUUCUUCUGUUCACCACUUUCAGUGUUAUUCUCUGCUCUUGCAGUCUGAAAAUCAAGUAAUAUGGGAAAUGGGUUUCUUAUCUAUAGCUCAGUUUUUGCUGUUGUUUUGCUAAUUUUAUCAUAUGCCGAGCAAACGAGUGCAGAACGUGAACACAUUGAUAAUGUAGACAGAAUAAGAUCAGCUGGAUGUGAUCUCUUCCAAGGGAGUUGGGUGUUUGAUGAUUCUUAUCCUCUUUACAACAGUUUGGAUUGUCCAUUCAUCGAUAAGCAAUUCGACUGCCUGAGGAAUGGGCGGGCUGAUAAGCAAUUCCUCAAAUACAGAUGGAAGCCCAACGCCUGCGACUUGCCAAGAUUCAAUGGAGAGUAUUUCCUAAGAAGGUUUAAAGGGAAAAAGAUCAUGUUCGUGGGGGACUCGCUAAGCCUGAACCAGUGGCAAUCACUGAUAUGUAUGCUUCACGCUGCAGUGCCACAAGCAAAGUACACGCUAAGGAAGAUGGGCACUCUCUCCAACUUCACAUUGCCGGGUUAUGGGGUAUCUGUAAUGCUCUCUCGCACCGCAUUCCUAGUCGAUUUAGUGACUGAAAAAAUCGGUCGAGUUCUGAGGAUCGACUCCAUUGAAGGUGGUAACGCGUGGAAAGGCGUCGACAUGUUGAUAUUUAACACAUGGCAUUGGUGGGUUCACAAAGAUGGCAAACAACCAUGGGACUACAUUCAAGAAGGAAACAAGAUGUACAAAGAUAUGGAUCGUUUGGUUGCUUUUGAGAAAGGGUUGACAACAUGGUCUAAAUGGGUCGACUCCAAUAUUGAUCCAGCCAUAAGAAAAGUAUUCUUUCAGGGCAUUUCUCCUACCCAUUAUAAUGGCAGCGAAUGGAAUCAGCCCAAGAUGAACUGCAAUGGGCAAACACAGCCUCUAAAUGGGUCUGCCUACCCAGGGGGUUCACCUCCAGCGGUAGCCGUGGUGAAGAAUGUCUUGAGUAAGAUGUCCAACCCUGUUGAUUUGCUUGAUAUCACAACACUGUCACAGUUGAGAAAAGAUGGGCACCCAUCUAUCUACGGCCUUGAUGGGAAGAAGGGAACAGAUUGCAGCCAUUGGUGUCUUGCUGGUGUUCCUGAUACUUGGAACCAUCUCUUAUACGCAUCUCUCAUUCUCACUAAAGAUGGCCAAAUAUAGCCAUGCUAUUUAUUUGUGGAGAACAAAUUAAGAUCAUGAUUUGUUGAAUAACAUCAUUGUUCUUCAAAAUUGUUGGAAAUAAAAUUAAAAUGUCUCUGUUUGUUUGCAAUGCAAUUUCAUUUGCGCCAGUACAAAUACAUGGAAGUAAAA